AUGGCUCCUGUUUGGCCAUGGUUGGGCGCCCUUCUGGCUGCCCUGCCAGUGGCUUUGGCAGGGCAUGGCGACCCCAUUGCCCAGAAGUAUAUUGUCGAGUUUGUUGAUUCUACGACGUCGUCUGCCAGCUUCCUCUCUACUCUGAAGGACCAUGGCAUCCCCGCCAAUCUUAACCACGACCUAUCCUUCGCUCUUUUCCACGGUGGUUCCUUUACUCUGCUGGACGACAACCAGAACGAGGCUGCCGUUGUUAAGCAGAUCUCUUCCUGGCCUAUAGUGAAGAAGGUUUCUCCCGUUCGGGAGCUGGAACAGCCUCGGCGUGAGGUCUCCUCAGUCGCCCAUGGCGCGCCCCUCCGCCGUAGUGUUCACUCUCACAGCAUUCGCCGCCGUGACACUGCGGGCCACGAGGGCAAUGACUACCCUCACAUCAUGGCGGGAGUUGACAAGCUUCGCCAGGAGGGCUACCUGGGCACUGGUAUCCGUGUGGCGGUUGUGGAUUCGGGCAUCGACUAUAAGCAUCCUGCUCUUGGAGGUUGCUUUGGCAAAGGCUGUCUCGUGGAAUUUGGUUUCAACUUCUUGACAAACACUUCUGACCCAUGGGAGGGACACGAGGGACACGGAACUCACGUCUCUGGUCUGAUUGCCGCUCAGCCCAACCCGUACAACUUCACUGGUGUGGCCCCGAAUGUGACUCUUGGUCACUACAAGGUUAUUGGAAAGCAGGUCGUAAAAACGGGCACUGAUAUCGUCUCCGCUGCUUUCAAGAUGGCCUACGAAGACAAGGCAGACAUCAUCUCCGCCUCCUUUGGUACCUACAAGGGCUGGAGCGACGAGCCCUGGGGACAGUUGAUUCAGAAGCUGGCUGAGGCUGGUAUUCCUUCUUUCGUUGCUACCGGUAACGACGGAAGCUUCGGUCUGUUCCUCGCCUCCAACGGUAUCGACAACUCUGCCGGCAUCGGUAUCGGAUCUGUCAACAACGUGUAUAGCCCUCUGUUGCUGACUGGCGCUUCUUACUCAACCCGAAACACCACCAAGCAGUUUGGCUGGCAGAUCGCAGGCACCUCCGACUUCAAAAACGGCACAUAUGCCCUGUACCCUAGCAGCCUCAACUCCUCGGUCGUCGGUGAUUCGUGCCAGCCAUGGACGGGCAACCACCCCAACCUCACUGACAAGAUUGUUCUCAUUCGCUAUGGUGGCUGCCGCGGCAGUAUGCAGCAGACCAACGCUGUCAAUGCCGGUGCUAAGAACAUUCUCUUCUAUUUAAACGAGCCUGGCACCUAUGAGCUUCCCGUCUCGAACCCUGCUCUCACUGGAUUGGGUAUGGUCUCCGCCCAGACUGGAGAGAAGUUCGUGAAGCUCGCUGCAUCUGGCGCCAACGUUACUCUGCACAUGAUCAGCAAAGCGUACGCCAAGACGAUCUUCAUCAACGAGACGAACCCCCAAUCGGGUGGUCAGAUCAGUGAAUUCACCCAGUGGGGUCCCAGCAAUGAGCUUCUCCCAGUGACGGCCGCUUCUGGAGUUGGUGGAUUCAUGUUGUCUACCUGGCCGGUCGCCGAGGGCGCCUACGCUAUUGACAGUGGUACUUCCAUGGCGACUCCCUUCGUUGCUGGUUGCAUUGCUCUCCUGAUGGAGGCUCGUGGCAAAAACAAGGUUACUCCUGCCGAGAUCAAGUCUCUGCUGUCGACUACUUCCAACCCCAAUGUGUUCCACGAUGGUGUCACUGCUUCGCCUUUCCUGGGAUCUGUUGCGCAGCAGGGUGGUGGUCUUAUCGAUGCUUAUAAGCUGGUGCACACCACCACUAAGUUCAACGUGAGCACCAUCUCGUUCAACGAUACCGAGCAUAUUGCCCCGGCCUAUAUCCAAAUCAAUAACACCGGCUCCUCGCCGCGUGUUUACACUGUUGGCCAUGUCAGUGCUGCUACUGUCUACACCCUGCCAGAUAACAGCUCCAUCCCCCAGCGGAACAAACUCGGUAACUUUGUGGACCGCACCACCGUUGGCGCCUCGCUCAAGUUCAGCUCGUCCAGCGUUCUCGUCGCCGCUGGCGGAUCCGCCGUGCUAAAGGUCACUGCCACUCUUCCCAAGGGUCUCGUCUCCCGCCGCAUCCCAGUCUACAGCGGAUACAUCACCUUGAACGGUACUUCCUCUGACGACUCUUUCUCCGUUCCUUACCUGGGUGUUGCCACCGCCAUGCGCAACGUGACCAUCCUGGACACCACGGCAGGCAGCAACAUCCUCGUCGACAGCGAGACCAACGAGCGCGUCCAGGCCAACCAACAAUUCGUUCUCCCUAAGCAGGACGGUACCCUCAGCCAAGUAAAGACCAGCUACCCCAUCUUCCAGACCAAGCUCUCCAUGGGCACGGAUCUGCUUCUAGUCGGUGUCAAGGCUGCCAACAGUAGUGCUAUCCUCCCCUUGGCGGACCCCCAGACGGCCCUUCCCCGGACCGUUGAGGGUGCUACCGGUCCCACGGCUACUUCUUUCACUGGGCUGCUGGCGAAUGGCUCGUAUGUUCCGGCUGGUAAUUACUCGAUUGUUGUGCGUGCGCUGAAGAUCUUUGGCAACCGUUCGAACCCGAGGGAUUAUGAUACUGUGAAGACUGUGAACUUUGGGAUCACAUAUGCUUCUAACUAG